UGUCAACACUGACGGUGAUGGAGCGGAGAGGAGUCACAAAGCAAAGAGCUGCGAGGUGGACGAAGAAGAGGGACACCUGGUGUAUCACAUCGGCCUGGUGAUGAAAGAGAGAUAUGAGGUGGUGUUGACGCUGGGAGCAGGAGCCUUUGGAAAAGUGGUGGAGUGUAUCGAUAGAGAGAAAAACGAGCAUGUGGCCGUGAAGAUCGUGAGGAACAUUGAGUGUUUCCGAGAAGUUGCAAAGUCUGAGAUCGCAGUGCUGGAAGAGAUCAACAGCCUGGACGAUGACAACAGAUUUGCCUGUGUGAGGAUGCUGAACUGGUUCGAGCACGAAGGUCACAUCUGCAUCGUGUUCGAGCUGCUCGGCCUCAGCACCUUCGAGUUCCUGCGACAGAACGAGUUCCUGCCGUUCAGCGUGGAGCAGAUAAGACACAUGGCCUUCCAGAUCUUCAGAGCCGUCAGCUUCCUGCAUCGCAACCAGCUGACUCACACUGACCUGAAGCCAGAGAAUAUCCUGUUUGUCUGCUCAGACUACGACCUGGAGUACAACACUGACAUGAGGUGUGAGGCGAAGAAGCUGAGGAGUCUGGAUGUGAAGGUGGUGGAUUUUGGAACCGCCACAUUUGACCACCAACACCACGAGUCGCUGGUGUCGACGCGCCACUACCGAGCUCCAGAGGUCAUACUGGAUUUGGGCUGGAACCAGUCCUGUGAUGUUUGGAGUCUGGGCUGUGUCCUUAUGGAGUUUUACCUGGGACGUACUCUCUUUGCGACCCACAGCAGUGUAGAACAUCUGGCCAUGAUGGAGAAAGUCCUCGGACCGAUUCCUCCCCACCUGCUGAAACAGACCGGAAAGCAACACUACAUUCACAAUGAGCGUCUGAACUGGGAUGAGCAGAGCUCCUCCAAUGAUUACAUCAAUAAGCACUGCCAGCCUCUCAAGUGUAUGUGGAGGAGGAACGAGGACGAGCGGCAGCUGUUCGACCUGCUCGGCUGCAUGCUGGAGUACGAUGUCUGCAGACGGAUCACCCUGGAGGAGGCGCUGUGGCACCCGUUCUUCAGCCCGAUGAGGACAAAGCAGAAGCUUCGCAGCUAGCAUAGACGCACAAAACACAUUCAUAUCUACCUCGGGCUGUAAUCUAAAACAUUACUCUAACUGAUUGUUUCAUUCCUGUCUGUUUAAAAAACAACCUCCCAUCAUAAACAGUCUGCAUGCCAAAGUAUUUAUGUAAUG